AUGCCUGAUGAUUUGUCAAACGUGAGGAACUUGCAAGACCUUGUGGCUCUAGAAGUCAGGUUGGUGUUAGCCUGGUUGUUUGGUCUGAGUGCUGCUGCUCCACUGACUGUGGGUGAAGAAACACCGCAAGAAUCGAAGCCGAAGUUCAAGCCGAACUUUGUGAAGUUUGUGAUUUCAACUUCAUCCUCAAAGCCUUAUGAGCACUUUCUGGGCAAUGCCCGAGGCAAAGCAAUGGUGGAAAAGUGGAAGGCUGCCAUCCGUCUCUACAGCGAGAACAGCGUCUAUGCUCAAAUGAACCAGGCUUUGCGCCACGACGACAUGACUGGGCUCAAGGAGUACGGCAGCUUGAUCAACCUCACCAUGCAGCCCUUUGGUCUCAGCGCCAUGAAGACUCACUCGGUUCUGAAGCCUUUUGUCGGAACUGUGUGGAGGGGAUGCAACCUGUCUUCUUCUGACCUGCAGAAAUACGAGGUGGGAGAGGUGGUACUUUGGGAGGCUUUUUCGUCUACUUCUACAAGUCCCAGUAGUGCUUUCAAGGGCAAUGUCGUUUUCGAGAUCCACUGCAACAAGGCUCUAGAAGUACAGAAGGGGGAUGAGCAUGAGCUAAAGGACCUGUUCAAUGACCUCAUUGUGCCCGCACAGAUCCACCACCUGUCCAAGUAUCCGAAUGAAAACGAGGUCCUUUACCCACCAUACACCAAAUUCAGACUUGUGAGUCGCACAGACAUGUUAUUAACCACCAACAUUGUGCUGGAGACGAUGGAGUUUCCAAGUUUGUCAUUGUUGGCAGAAGAGGGCAAGUGGGAGGAGGUCAAGAAAGGCUUGCACGCGCGGCAAGAGCAUUCAGAUGAAAGCUCGCCAGCUUGGUUCACACAACAUGCUUCAACGCUCUUGCCUACUAUCACCAACAAGAUUGUGAGUGAAGGCUCAAACUCCGGAGGCCUCAACAUCAUCACCCAAUUGCAGGCCUAUGGAAGUGACGUCACCGCUGCACAUGAUCAUCUGAUGGAGGCAGGCCUCGACCAUUCCGUGAAGCUCCCGGCGAACCACGCGAAAUGGUACUUUGAUGCAGUGGAACUCAAUGCAGAUGACAAGCAACUCUCAUCGCGAAUUUGUCUCUACAACGGCCGUCACUGGCAAGAAUACUUCGCAAGGCAAGCUACUGUCACGGAGAAGUGGUACAAAGGAGGUCAACAAGGAAAAUGUCAAUUCACCGUUGUCAACAACAUCGGCAAGAAGGUGCCAUAUGUGGUUUUUGCAAGUGAAGGAAAGAUCUACCAGAAGGCUGUUGGUGGUGGCAUGAUUGGGAACUCGCGGGAAGUUUGGCGUGCUCCUUCAUAA